AAGGUUGUCGUCACAAUGGCAUCACAAGGCGCUAGAAGCUAUGCAGCAACGCUGGACAGCGUCAAAGAGGCCUACGAAAACAUCAAGGAUGCAGUCAACCUGACUCCUGUGAUGACGUGUGGGGCGAUAGACAGGAUAGCAGGGUUCCAGAUCCUCUUCAAGUGUGAGAACUUUCAGAAAGUUGGAGCUUUCAAGUUCAGAGGAGCUACCAAUGCUGUUCGCAAGUACAAACAAGCAGGAGGGAAGGGACCCUUGGUUACUCAUAGCUCCGGCAAUCAUGCGCAGGCGCUCGCCCUUGCAGCGAAGCAAGCAGGCAUGGAAGCUCAUAUUGUCAUGCCUUCCAACGCAUCCAAACCCAAGGUUGAUGCCGUCAAGGAAUAUGGUGCAAAGGUUGUCUUCUGUGAGCCCAUCGUAGCAGACAGGCAGAGGGCAGCGGAUGAGAUCUUGUCUGCGAACCCUGGAUCUGUGUUCGUCCCACCUUACGACCAUCCGGACAUCAUCAGUGGAGCAGGAACUCUCGCCCUCGAGUUUCUCACUCAGAUCGGGGAAGACAAGCUUGACGCCAUCAUCAUCCCCGUUGGAGGAGGAGGGAUGCUCUCCGGGUGCUGCAUCGCUGCCAAGGGGCUUCAGCCAGACAUUCGAGUGUACGCGGCUGAGCCCGUUGGGGCUGAUGACUGCGCAAAGUCGUUCAGGACGGGAACUUUCUGCGAGCAAACCGACCCGCGGACCAUCGCAGACGGGCUGCUGACAAGCAUGGGGGACUUGACAUGGCCCAUCAUCCAAGAUCACAUCACCGAUGUCAUCACGGUAACGGAGGAGGAGAUCGUCUCGGCCAUGCGGCUGGUCUGGAUGAGGAUGAAGCUUGUGAUAGAGCCCAGCGCUGCCGUUGGGGUGGGCAUUAAGAGGGUGGGCGUAGUUCUUUGCGGAGGCAACGUGGACAUCGAUGCGCUACCAUGGCAGCAGAGCUAA